CAUAACAUAACGGCAGACUCCAGAGCGAGCCCCGAACGGUCUGCUUUGCUGGGAUUCCCUCCGGGAUGACGCGGCCACGGCGCGCGCCCAUUGGCUGGAGGCAAAAGGCGAAUUCGCCAUUUAUGGAACUCUAGUCUCGCGCCCGAGCCGAGUCCCGCCGACCAGACCAGACCAUUCCGUCGUCACGUCAGCCCGCAGCCUCGAAGUUUAACUUUCCACUCGCGCGGGGACACAACAGGAGCACACACAACGGCAGCCCGUGCCACUGCGCCUCGAGACUGAAGCUCGGACGCGGAUCCGCAUAAAAUGGGCAGCGGUGAAGACGCGUCCUGAGGACAUACGAAAGGCAUAUCUACCGGAAUAUCACCCGGGAUAGCCAUACGAAAGGCAUAUCUACCGGAAUAUCACCCGGGAUAACCAUACGAAAGGAACGGAACUUCAUCUGGAUAACUACUGUACGCGAGACUUUACGCACUCCGUUUUCCGUCCGCUCGUUCAACUGAUCGAGAAAAAGGACCAAGUCAAAGAAAAUUCCCACCUGUCCGCCUUUCACAUCGAAUCUCACUUUCUCUAAGGAACCGCUUGUUUACUACGGUCUGAAAAUGGGGAGUCGGGGCCACUACCGCUACCAUUGGCAGUCCCACAACGUUAAGCAGAGCGGCGUGGACGACAUGGUGCUGCUCUCCAAGAUCAACGAAGACGCCAUCGUGGACAACCUCAAGAAGAGAUACAUGGACGACUACAUAUUCACAUACAUCGGGCCUGUACUCAUCUCCGUUAACCCCUUCAAGCAGAUGCCGUACUUCACAGACAAGGAAGUGGACUUGUACCAAGGAGCCGCUCAGUAUGAGAAUCCUCCCCAUAUCUACGCUCUGGCUGACAACAUGUACAGGAACAUGAUGAUCGACCGAGAGAACCAGUGUGUCAUUAUCAGUGGUGAGAGUGGUGCAGGGAAGACGGUGGCUGCCAAGUACAUCAUGGGCUACAUCUCACGAGUAUCUGGAGGAGGCCCCAGAGUACAGCAUGUGAAGGACAUCAUUCUGCAGUCCAACCCGCUGCUGGAGGCCUUCGGGAACGCCAAGACCAUCAGGAACAACAACUCCAGCCGCUUUGGUAAGUACUUUGAGAUCCAGUUCAGUCCUGGCGGGGAGCCUGACGGGGGAAAGAUCUCCAACUUCCUGCUGGAGAAGUCACGCGUCGUCACACGGAACCCUGGAGAACGCAGCUUCCAUAUCUUUUACCAGCUUAUAGAGGGUGCUGGUGCGGAUCAGAAGUCCAGUCUGGGCGUGACUACUCUAGACUACUACACUUACCUCAACACCUCGGGCUCCUACAAGGUGGACGACAUCAACGACAAGAGUGACUUCAAGGAGACCAUGCAUGCGAUGCAGGUGAUUGGCAUCUCCCCAGAAGACAGGAACAUGGUUCUCCAGAUCGUGGCCGGCGUUCUGCAUCUCGGCAACAUCAACUUCAAGGAGGCGGGAAACUACGCAGCCGUGGAGAACGAGGAGUUCCUGGCAUUCCCCGCCUUCCUGCUGGGCAUCGACCAAUCGCGUUUGAGGGAGAAGCUGACGUCACGUAAGAUGGACGGGAGAUGGGGCGGCAAGAACGAGAGCAUUGACGUGACGCUGAACACGGAGCAGGCCGUCUUCACACGAGACGCCCUGUCUAAAGCACUACACUCACGCGUCUUUGACUUCCUAGUGGAGUCCAUCAACAGGGCCAUCAUCAAGGAUCAUGAGGAGUUGAACAUCGGGGUGCUGGACAUCUACGGUUUCGAGAUCUUCCAGAAAAACGGCUUUGAGCAGUUCUGCAUUAACUUUGUGAAUGAGAAGCUUCAGCAGAUCUUCAUCGAGCUCACACUCAAGGCAGAACAGGAGGAGUAUGUUCAGGAGGGCAUCAAGUGGACGGCCAUCGAGUAUUUCAACAACAAGAUCGUCUGUGACCUCAUAGAGAGCAAACUGAAUCCUCCGGGCAUCAUGAGUAUCCUUGACGACGUGUGUGCUACGAUGCACGCUAAGGGGGAGGGGGCGGACCAGACGCUGCUGCAGAAGUUGAGGAUGGGCAUACACACACACGAGCACUUCAACAGCUGGAACCAGGGCUUUAUCAUACACCACUACGCUGGCAAGGUGUCGUAUGAUGCGGAAGGCUUCUGUGAGCGGAAUCGUGACGUUCUCUUCACCGACCUCAUCGAACUCAUGCAGAGUAGUGACAUAUCUUUCAUCAGAGCGCUAUUUCCAGAGAACCUCAACGCAGACAAGAAAGGCAGACCCACCACCGCUGGCAGCAAAAUCAAGCGCCAGGCUAACGACCUGGUGGCUACGCUAAUGAAGUGUACUCCGCACUACAUCAGAUGCAUCAAGCCCAACGAGACCAAGAAGCCCAAAGACUGGGAGGAGAGCCGUGUAAAACAUCAGGUGGAGUAUCUGGGCCUGAAGGAGAAUAUCCGCGUCAGGAGAGCUGGAUACGCAUACAGGAGAAUAUUCAGGAAAUUCCUAAACAGGUAUGCCAUCUUGACCAAGGAGUCGUGGCCUAGUUGGCGUGGCGAUGAGAAGCAGGGGGUUCUACACCUGCUGCGUUCCGUCAAUAUGGACCAGGACCAGUUCCAACUGGGGACCAGCAAGAUCUUCAUCAAGGCACCGGAGUCGCUGUUCCUCUUGGAGGAGAUGAGAGAGCGGAAGUUUGACGGCUACGCCAGAGCUAUCCAGCGAGCCUGGAGGCAACACGCCGCACGCAAGAAAUACGUACAGAUGAGAGAAGAGGCCUCUGACCUGCUCCUGAAUCGUAAGGAGCGUCGUCGCCACAGUCUGAAUCGUAACUUCGUUGGCGACUACGUGGGGAUGGACGACCGGCCGGAGCUGAGACAGUUCUUAGCCAAGAGAGAGAAGGUGGAGUUCGCAGACACCGUCGUGAAAUACGACCGACGCUUCAAGGGCAUCAAGCGUGACCUGAUCCUGACAGCCAAGUGCGUGUACCUGAUUGGACGAGAGAAGCUGAAGGCGGGGCCAGAGAAAGGUCAGGUGACUGAGGUGCUGAAACGCAGAAUAGAAGUGGACAAGAUACUAGCGGUGUCACUCAGUACUCUGCAAGAUGACUUCCUCAUCCUCCAUGAGCAGGAGUAUGACUCUCUGCUGGAGUGCGUCUUCAAGACCGAGUUUAUCAGUCUGCUGUCGCGACUCUACGAGGAGAAGACGCAGAGGAAACUGCCGCUCAAAUUCGGCAACACGUUGGAGUUGAAGUUGAAGAAGGAGUCGUGGGGUCCGUGGAGUGGGGGGGGCCAGAGGCAGGUUGUCUUCGUGGGGGGGCAGGGUGACGUGUGUGUCCUCAAACCCUCCAGCAAGACACUACAGGUCAGCAUAGGACCAGGCCUGCCCAAGAACACACGUCCGUCCCGUAAGAGCCUGAUCCAGGGACGCCCCAGUGGACACCGAGGACACCAACACACACCCACCAGAGCAGCACCCGGACCCCCCGUCUCCCAUCAGAAUGGCGGGGUGAAGAGUAGCACCCAGGCGGCCAAUCAGAGGAACGCUCAGCACAGACCGCCCCCUGCCCCCGGCAACCAGAGACCGCCCCCUGGCAACCAGCCUAGCAACCAGCCCCGCCCAGUACUGCCCACUAGUGGUGGGAGUCAGAAGGGCAGAGGGGGCGGCAGCCGGACGCAGCCCAGCACCAACGCACAACCCAACCUGGACUGCCUCAAGGUGCCCGAACAAGGGGCCGCGGGAAGCCGAAGACCAGCAGCAAAUGGAGGAAAUGCCCACAGGUCCAGUACUCGUCCUCCUCCGGGGGCAGGGCGUCCUAAACCGGCACCCAAACCCAAACCACAGCCAAAGCCCCAGGUGCCUCAGUGCAGAGCGCUGUACGCCUACGACGCCCAGGACACGGACGAGCUGAGCUUCAACGCAGACGACCUCAUCGACAUCAUUAAAGAAGACGCGUCGGGCUGGUGGACGGGCAGGCUGCGCGGGAAGCAGGGCCUCUUCCCCAACAACUACGUCACCAAGAUCUAAACAGCCAAUAGGCAUCAGCCUGCCUCCUCAGGGGAGCCAAUCAGAGACUAGCAUUCACUUCCUGACCCCAUUCCAUAUUCAGGAGGAAGAACGAUGGAUGCGCGAGAAGAAGGCAGAAGAAGAGAGGAAGAGGAAGAGAAAGAGAAGAAGAAGAGGAGAAAGAGAAAGAGAAGAAGAAGAGGAAGAAGAGGAGGAGGAGGAGGAGGGGUUGAGCCCCAUCCCUGUUAUAGACUUAUGUUCUUUUCAUGCCCUUGUCUGUUGGCAUGGCAACCCAAGGGGGGAGUGUUUGGUUUCUGACUUCCUGUUUUGGGGGUGGGUCCUCUGUUGACCCCGCCCCCCCUGAGCGCUGAACAACAGCAAUCUUAUUUAUUGUAUUUAAAGCCUCCUGUAUGCUGUAGUAGUGGCGCCCCCUGCAGCCUGUAUAUGGUAUUUAUCGCUUCUCCUUUACUCUACUCUACUGUACUCUACUGUACUGUUCUGUACCUGCCUUCCGCCAUAUUGGGUCAGGCGUGCGUGCCUCUGCGGCGGCCAUAUUGGGCCAGGCGUGCCUCUGAGUACAGUGUGGCUUUUGGUUAUAGGGAAGCAGCGCUACCUGGUUUAUUUAUCGCUUCUCCUGUACUCUACUCUACUGGUCUGUUCUGGGUGCGCUUCUCCAAAGCAUAGUUGUUGUUAACCAGUUUGCAACUUGGGUAGUUUCUAAUGGGAAAUUGCAUUGCAUUGCAAACAAUAAAGUAGCUAACGUAGCUAGCAGCAACGAUGGUUUUCGAGAAAUGCACCCCUGUUCUGUACUCUAUUCUACUGUACUGUACUCUGCCUGCCUGCCUGCCUUCCGCCAUAUUGGGUCAGGCGUGCCUCUUUGGCGGACAUAUUGGGUCAGGCGUGCCUCUGCGGCGGCCAUAUUGGGCCAGGCGUGCCUCUGGAUACAGUGUGGCUUUUGGUUAUAGGGAAGCAACGCUACCUGCUUAUCUGGUCAUCUCUUUAUAUUAGUAUUGGCUUAGGAACACCCGAUGAGCUUGUGGUCCUCAACUGCCUAUGUCUGGGAGGGGAUGACCUGUGUGUGUGUGUGUGUGUGUGUGUGUGUGUGUGUGUGUGUGUGUGUGUGUGUGUGUGUGUGUGUGUGUGUGUGUUAGCAGGACUGUUAAAUUGCUCAUGACACGAAGGACCAUUAACCCAUUUAUGCACUCACAGGCAGACAACUCGCCUCAUUCACACACACACACACACACACACACACACACACACACACACACACACUGCUCCUCAAAUGGGCUAUGAGUGUUUUAUUCCUUUGAUUUUAUUUCCCGCUUGUUGUUUUGGCCUGAGCAGCUAGUCUCACCAGCAGAGUAGCAGUAGCCGCGGUUACGGUCGCUACGGUAAUGGUAUCUAUUGUUACGAUCGCUACGGUAAUGGUAUAUCUAUGGUUACAGUCGCUACGGUAACGGUUACGGUAGCUAUGGUAGCGCUGUUGUCACCAGCAGAGGAAGAUUAGCCAUUGUUGCUGUCCAUCACCUCAUAGCCUUGUACUGACGCGUGUGUGAGCGUGAGCGUGUGUGUAUGUGUACUGAAAUGUGUGCGUGCAUGCAUGUGUGAGAAAAGCACUUUACCCUGGAGCCUGUAGGGGGUGCUGUGGUCCGCUAGAGGUCACGGCUCCUUCUCAUGCUACCCACGAUGCCAAAGAGGAAGUGCUCUUCACCGAAAGGAAGUGGCUGUUGCUCGUCAGACAUGUUGUUUACAGUGAAAUGACAAUCAAUACAAUUAGACUUUGUUUAUGUACAAUCAGGCUUUGUUUAUGUACAAAUAGACUUUGGUUAUUUUGUUUAUUUCUGUCUCUCUAAUGAAGGAGAACCUCUCUUGCUGUCUGCUUUGAAGGCUACGUGAUGAAGGAUAUUUAUGUAAUUAUCACAGUAGCUGCUGAAGGAUGUUUCUGUAAUAAUCACAGUAACUACUCCACGACCACAGAGACACAGAUGGGUAUGUACGUGUCCAAAGAGAGUACACUCUAAGGGCUGACACUGUCACAAUGAAGGCCGUAAUAAAAUGACAGGUGUUUCAGUUGCAUUGUAACCCCUGUAUGGCUUUGGUAACGUCGACUAUACGGUGCGGCGCGGUCAUCAGACUAUACGGUGCAGCGCGGUCAUCAUUCAUCCACAAUCUCUCCCUCCUUCCUUCCUGUGCUGCGGUUGAAAGGUCCACUGGUGUAGUCGCCUGCUCUGAUUGGACGAAUGGUGUAACGACCUGCUCUGAUUGGACCAAUGGUGUGACAACCUGCUCUGAUUAGACCAAUGGUGUAGUCACCUGCUCUGAUUGGACCAAUGGUGUGACGACCUGCUCUGAUUGGACCAAUGGUGUAACGACCUGCUCUGAUUGGACCAAUGGUGUGACGACCUGCUCUGAUUGGACCAAUGGUGUAGUCGCCUGCUCUGAUUGGACCAAUGGUGUAACGACCUGCUCUGAUUGGACCAAUGGUGUAGCUGCUGCGGCAGGUGUAGCAGGGUCCUGAUUGGCCAAAUGUCUUGCGUUGUGUAACGGCGUCUGCUGCGUUGUGUAACGGCGUCUGCUGCCACUGUGUUGUAUGAAGCCGAUUCUGGUGCAAUAGCAGGAAUAUAUUGAUUUUAAUUUGUAAUGAAGUUUUUAAUAAAUAAAGACAAUGCUGUUCAUUUCUAA